AUGGUACGUAGCCUUUCCAUACAGCGGCGGGAUGCACUGGACUCAAUGGCAACUCGCUCUCGGACCCUUCUCUUUCUCUCAUACCGCGACUCAACCGCACGCUCGUCGCGACGCUCGCGCUCAAGAAUUGACUCGUAUCCAGACCCUUAUGCCCAAGACGACGACGAACGUGAAGGCCUCAUUAGCAGCAGCGGGCAGCCUGUCCAUGCUGCAAUAGAAGUUGAUGCUUUGCCCCCGAAAUGGGUAGAUGUUGCGGACCAGGUCGAGGAUAUCCUAGCAGGAACCCAAGCCAAAAUCACCGCCCUCGAGAAACUUCAUGCCAAACAUGUCCUCCCCGGUUUCACGGACCGAUCACUAGAGGAGCAGGAGAUUGAAUCAGCCGCGACCGAAAUCACUCGAGAUUUCCGGAAAUGUCAAGCCCUUAUUCAACGCAUCGGUACUUUGGCCGCCUCCACGCCGCACCCUUUCCCUCCAUCGCCGUAUAACGCUCAGACCAAUCACCACGAGGCUCUGACCGCUAAGAAUGUGCAACGAGGCCUUGCCGCAAAAGUCCAAGAGCUCAGCGCAGCCUUCAGAAAGAAACAACGCGUGUACAUGGAAAAACUCCAAGGUCAUGCGAUUAAGAACCAAGAUUUAUUGCUCGCGUCAGGUACAAUAUCGCUGAAAGGUUCGGAAGGCAUGUCUGCGGUCGAUGAAGAUGUCGAAGCCGCUCAUUCCACCCAGUCCCAAACACAAACGCAGUUCACUGGAAACACGGACCUACAAGCGAGAGAUCGCGAAUUGCAGGAGAUUGCGAAGUCAAUAUCCUCCCUCGCGGAGCUGUUCAGAGACCUAUCGGCUUUAGUUAUCGACCAGGGGACACUUCUCGACAGCGUGGAAUACAAUAUCGAACAAACUGCGGUGAAUAUGCAAGACGCUGUGCGAGAAUUGAACGUCGCCACCAGCUAUCAGAAAAACACUGGAAGGCGGAAAUGCAUUUUCUUGCUGUUGCUGAUCAUUCUGGGGCUCAUUUUGGUGCUCAUCUUCAAACCAAGACGCCACUCGGCAGCACCACCGGGUUCCCUAAUACCUUCACCACCCCCACCACCCGAUUCCCUCCCUUCACCGGCGAAUUCAAUACCAUCAUCACGGACGAUCCCCUGGUUUAUGUAUAGAAGGACUUCUUACUUUACACCUCCAGCCCCUAGAUGA